AUGGCAGAAAAACUUCUGCUGCCAGGGGCAUUGGAAGUAUGGCCAUCUUUGCUUGAUGCUCUUCUUACUGAUACAUCCGAGACAGCACCUUUGCCGUGGGAUGCAUGGGCGAGACGUUUGAUCACCGCACUGAAACGUCCGUGGCAAAACGAAGCGCUGUGGCCUCAGCUCUGGCGCUGGGACGGCAAGGCGGCCGAGCUCGUGGAGGCACAUCAGGAGGGUGCUGGUGCAGCUGCAGCUCUGAAAGGUGGAGGUGCAAAACUCUCAAAGCAAGGGAUCAGAGCAGAGAUGACAAGAAGGCGACUCCCGCAGUUGGCCUUGGAAGCGACUCGGCUUCGGCGCCGCACUGAGCUGCUGUGCCUCGGUCUGGAGGCCCUGAGGACUGUGGAUGAGCAGAAUGAUGCUGGAUCCAAAGAGAUCCAGCAGCUGAUUGCAGAUGCCGGGUUGGCUGUAGACUCGUUGGAUAGUGGCCUGGAAGGCUCUGAGGCGCAGCAGAAGUCUCUUGGCCAAGCGCUAAGCGAGUGCAGCGGCGAGCUGCAACGACAGAUGGCUGCCGUGAUGCUCACCCAGGAGGCCUUCGUGGAGCGACGCGGAAGGCUGCAAGACGAGCGCGCCAACUUGCAGAAACGCAUGGAGGAACUGAACUCUGAAAUCACCCAGCUAGAUACUGAGGUUCAGAGAUGCAACCAGCAGGUGCAGCAGCUGCGGGCGCAAUUCAGUCAAAACACCAGUCACUAUGAUGGCCUCUUGGGUGGAAGUUCCAACAUCGCAAUGAAGCUCUGUGAGCGAAAGUCCAAGGCUGGUGCUUUCAGGGCUUGUGCGCAACGAGCUCUGAGCCUGGCGAAAGCCGCUGAGGCUCGUCGACGCCCGGAACUCCAAGCACAGAAGCAGCGCCGGCAGCUGCAGCUGAACCGCCAGACGUCUGUCUAUGUGAAGCAGGAGAGAAUGAGGCUCAGCGCCACAGCAGACUGUGCAGAAGCGGAAGGAGGUGAGGCUCAAGACCUUCCGGAGCUCACCGCUGCGGCGCAGGAGACAUGGCGCGCCGCACAAGCUCUGCUUCAACGGGUUGAUGGCCUGGUGGAGCACAAGAUGGUAGAGGUCAACAUGGAGACAGAGGCUGCAGUAAGCACUGCGGAUGCUGAGAACUUCUUCUUGCAUGUGGCGCAGCGAAAAUGUGCAGAUUGCGGGGCGGCUGCUGAAUGGGCCUCAGUCUCGUAUGGCAUCUACCUCUGUGUGGACUGUGCAGGGCAGCACCGUGGCCUGGGCGUCCACGUGAGCUUCGUGCGAAGCCUCGCAAUGGAUCGGUGGACGCCUACACAGCUGCGGCGGAUGGAAUUGGGUGGCACGGAGCGCUUUUUGGAGUUCCUCUCUGGGUAUCCUCAGCUUGUCGGUCGGCCACGUGCUGAGCGCUACGCAUCGAAGGCAGCAAGUUUCUACAAGCGUCGCCUUGACGCAGAAGUGGCGGGUCAAACCUACGAAGAGCCACCGGAUGAAAAGGAGGCUGCGUGGACUGCUACCUCGCAACCGUCAUUGGUGUGUGAGGAAGUGGAUGCAGAAGAUAGUUCGCUUGAAACGGAGCGGGCGCAGUUGGAGGCCACUUUCUUGGAGCUUCAGGGCAAGUUGCAGGCAGCGCUGAUGCCAAGCAUUUGA